AUGGUGCUGCUGGGAGUGGUGCUGCUCGGGGUGCUGCAUUUGGGGGUGCUGAGCCUGCGGGUGCGGAGCUUGAGGGUGCUGAGCCUGCGGGUGUGGAGCCUGGGGGUGCUGAGCCUGAGCGUGCAGAGCCUGGAGGUGCUGAGCCUGAGCGUGCGGAGCCUGGGGGUGCUGAGCCUGCGGGUGCGGAGCCUGGGGGUGCUGAGUCUGGAAGGGGGAGUUGAGCCUAGGGGUGCUUCGUCUACCGGAGGUCCUACGGGUGCCUCGUCGCGGCGGUCUCCCCGACGGGAGCCUCUCUCACCAGAGCAGCUGCCCGAAUGGAUGCGCAGGGCACCCGCCUUUGGAGUGGCGCUGCUGGAGCUGGAGGCCCUGCCGCUGGAGGCACUACUACUAGAGACACUGGAGCUGGAGGUACCGGAGGAGCUGGAGCUGCUGGUCCUGGAGGUGCUCGUACUGGAGGUACUGGAGCUACCGGAGCUGGUGAUGCUGCAGGUGCUGGUGGUGCUGGCACUGCUGGUCCCGGAGGUGCUCGUACUGGAGGUACUGGAGCUGCCGGAGCUGGUGGUGCUGCGGGCUCUGGAGCUGGAGGCCCUGGAGCUGGAGGCGCUGGAGCUGGAGGCGCUGGAGCUGGUGACCCUGGAGCUGGAGGCGCUAGAGCUGGAGAUGCUGGAGCUGGAGGCGUUGGAGCUGGUGACAUAG